UAAUACGAAUUAAGAUAUUACAUUAGUAUAUAUUCUAGUUAUAUUAUUCAGUAACUGCCAUACAAUAUAGCUGAACUGAGCUUGUUCAAAAUCGACUUUGAUUUAUUAUAUGUUCUUUGAUAUUACAACACAAUGUCGGUUCUGCAAAAUCGUUCUUCUCAGUUACUCAAGUACACAAGACUUUUCAAUAAUGGCAGUGUCACACGGUUGAGCUCAUUCAUUCCAGCUAAAUCAUCCGCUGAAGUUAUCCAACGAGAAAAAAAAGUGUCAGCAAACAAUUAUGAUCCUUCUCCCGUGGUCAUUAGCAGAGGAGAAGGUAUUUUUAUGUGGGACGUUGAAGGUAAAAAGUAUUAUGAUUUUGUGGGAGGAUUCGCUACUCUCAAUCAGGGACAUUGUCAUCCAAAAAUUAUUAAAGCCUUAACGGAUCAGGUAGGUAAGCUCCAUCACACAUCCAGAGCCAUAUUUCACGACGCUUUAUAUGAACUUAAUGAGUUUUUGAGCAAUCAAUUUGGAUACGACAAAGUUUUGAAUAUGAAUACGGGCGUGGAAGGCGGAGAAUCCAGUAUUAAAAUAGCAAGAAAAUGGGGCUACAGAGUGAAAAAAAUUCCGAGCAACCAAGCCCAAGUUGUGUUUGCCCAUGCUAACUUCUGGGGACGUACUAUUGCUGCCAUUUCUGCAUCCACGGAUCCAAAUUCUUUCGAUGAAUUUGGACCUCAUGUUCCUGGUUACCAAAUUGUGCCUUAUGAUGAUUUGGGAAAACUUGAACAAGCACUGAGGAACCCCAACGUGUGCGCAUUCAUGGUAGAACCGUUACAAGGCGAAGCGGGGGCCGUGGUACCUUCAAUGGGAUACUUGAAAGGAGUUCGUGAAUUGUGCACCAAGUACAACGUUCUGUGGAUCGACGACGAAGUCCAAGCCGGGUUAGGCAGAACCGGUAAAAUGUUGGCAGUCGAUUACGAGGACGUCAAACCUGAUCUUUUGAUCCUUGGAAAAGCGUUGUCCGGCGGAGUGUACCCGAUCUCCGCCGUGUUGGCCAACAGCGAGAUAAUGGAUGUUCUCACCCCCGGCACGCACGGAUCCACGUACGGCGGAAACGCAUUGGCGUGCAAGGUAGCCAUGGCUGCGCUCGAUGUCAUCAUAAACGACGGGUUGGUCGAAAACUCGUUCAAAAUGGGCGAGAUCUUCAGGUCCGAGCUCACGGCUCGUUUGGACAAGGAAAAGAUGGUCCAAGUGAGAGGCAGAGGUCUGCUAAACGCUAUCGUUUUGAACCCAAGUGCUGUGAAGAACAUAUACAAAUUAAACAAUGAACUGAAAUCCAAUGGCAUGAUAACCAAACCUAUUGGGGCAAGUGCAUUGAGAUUCUCACCAGCAUUAAUAAUUAAGGAAACUCAAUUACGCGAAGGAAUUGAUAUUAUCGUAGACACUAUCAAUGCUCAUGUUAAUUAACUAAAUAUUUAAUUUAUUAUAUUGUAUAAAACUAAUUUACUUAA